AUGUACUCCGUGGAACGCAAGUACCGAAACAGCAUCAACUGGGUGUGUUCCAAGAACAGCAACAGCGUGCUCCGCUGCCCGGCGAGGUGCGUCACAAAUCCGGAGAGUGGCAACGGCAUCAAGCUGAGCCACCGACGCCACAAUCAUCCGGCGGAUGCCUUUAAGCCCCACAAGCGCUGUCGAAAGCGUCCCGGCGAUCGCAACUCCAAAUUUUCGCCACCGUUGUGUUUGCCGACGGAACGGAGUUACGAUAAUCGAUGGCUACCGCUUCGUUAUCGGUACUACACAACUGCGUCGCACCUAUCUGAAGUGCGCCAACUUUCGCAGCAACUGCCGGGCCCGGGCCAUUCUGAAUACGGACACGAACAGAGUGCGGAUGAGGCACGACCGCCAUAAUCACACCCGUACGGAUGCUGUGAGCGGACGUAUCUCUAAGAAGUAGCAGAUAACUCGAAGUUAGCGCAGUAUGUGCGCUCCAACCGAGGAACCGAUCUCGUUUACCACGAGGGAAACACCUACACACCCAAUGAAAAGCUGAGGGAGGGACAAAAAAGUCGAGACUGGAAGUGCUCAAUGUACCAUAAG